AUGUAUUAUUUUCCUUUGACACCAAGGCUUCAGAAACUCUAUGCUUCUGAGGCAACAGCUGCAAAAAUGCGGUGGCAUGCUGAGCAUAACAUCGAAGAUGAUGUCAUGUGUCAUCUGUCUGAUUCUGAGGCAUGGAAGCACUUUAAUCGCACCCACCCAAUGUUUGCAGUUGAAAUUCGGAAUGUCAGGCUGGGAUUGUGUACUGAUGAAUUUCAACCAUUUGGACAAUCAGGACAGCAAUACUCAUGUUGGCCAGUAAUAAUUACCCCAUAUAAUUUGCCACCCGGUAUGUGUAUGAAGGAGCCGUAUUUAUUUUUAUCGAUAAUAGUACCUGGGCCACAGAAUCCCAAGCAUCGAUUAGAUGUCUAUUUGCAACCAUUAAUUGUUGAAUUAACUCAAUUAUGGCAUGUGGGGGUGCAGACAUAUGAUGCAUCUAAAAAGCAAAAUUUCCAAAUGUAUGCUGCUCUUAUGUGGACAAUUAGUGAUUUCCCUGCUUAUUCAAUGUUGUCCGGGUGGAGCACUGCUGGGAGAUUAGCAUGUCCAUAUUGUGUGGAUUAUUCAGAUGCAUUUUCAUUGAGUCACGGGGGGAAAAUUAGUUGGUUUGAUAAUCACCGUAAGUUUCUUCCACAAAACCAUCCAUUUAGACGAAACAGAGUAAAUUUCCUUAAAGGAAAAGCAUGCACAAAUCAGUCUCCUCCAAUUAUAAACAGUGAAGACACUUUUUUACAAAUAGAGGAUUUAGGACUUAGGAGGGUAACGGAUAAUGAUGGUGAAGCCAUCAAUGCUGCCAUAGCCAGAAACACUGGUUGGCGAAAAAGGAGCAUAUUUUGGGAUUUACCAUAUUGGUCUUCCAAUCUCAUUCGACAUAACUUAGAUGUUAUGCACAUCAAGAAAAAUAUCUUUGAGAAUAAUUUUAACACAGUGAUGAAUAUUGAAGGGAAAACAAAGGAUAAUGCAAAAGCAAGAGAAGAUAUUACACAGUUAUGUCGUAGAAAAGAGUUAGAGAAGGAUGUGCGAAUAGGUAAAUACCCUAAGGCUUGCUAUACUCUUGAUAAACAGCAAAAGCAGAAAUUAUGUGAAUGGAGAUUAUUACCAAUUGCAUUUCGUGAGUUCCUUCCAAACACAGUUUGGCAAGCAUUGAUUGAGUUGAGCUUGUUUUUCAAAAAUCUUACUGCUACAAAUAUUAAGGUGCAAGAUAUGGAACGUCUGGAAGUAGAAAUUCCUAUUAUUAUUUGCAAGUUAGAGCGUAUAUUUCCUCCUGCCUUCUUUGACUCAAUGGAACAUAUUCCCAUUCAUCUGCCGUAUGAGACAAAAAUUGCAGGACCAGUACAAUAUCGAUGGAUGUAUCCUUUUGAGAGAUUUUUGGGACACCUGAAGAAAAAUGUAAAGAACAAAGCAAAAGUAGAAGGUUCAAUAUGUAAUGCAUACUUAGUUGAAGAGGCAUCCAAUUUUUGUGCGCAUUAUUUUGAGUCUCAUGUCAUAACGUGGGAUCGACAAGUUCCCCGUAAUGAUGAUGGUGGGGACAAUGAUGAAAUAGAAGAAAAUUUAUCAAUAUUCAAGUAUCCUGGUCGACCAUAUGGCAGAGCUAAAACAAGAUGGUUAGGAGAUGAUGAAUAUAAGGCUGCCCAUAUAUAUGUCCUUCUAAAUUGCCCUAAAAUUGACAUAUAUUUGAAGAUGUUCCACACUGAACUACAACAGACGUCACAUAAUAUCAGUGAUGCAGAAGUUAAUGAAUUAAUAGAACAAAGAUUUUCAAAUUGGUUCAAAUCUCAUGCAAGGAGUGCAAACAUUGACAAUAAAUUCAUUAAGGAUUUAGCAGAGGGACCAUUGAAAAGUGUGAUAUCAUAUCCUGUGUAUUUCAUAAAUGGAUAUAGAUUUCACACAAUCAAUCAUGGCGUCAAUCGAUCCACGAUGAAUAGUGGAGUUUGCAUUAGGGGAUCAACAUAUGGUGACACAACUGAUGAUUACUAUGGUCUCUUGAAAGAGGUAAUUCAACUAGAGUACCCUGCAUUACCAAUAAAAAGAGUUGUUCUCUUCAAGUGUGAAUGGUUUGAUAUAACUCCAAAUGUGGGUAUUAAGGUCCACAAACACUAUAACUUGGUGGACAUCAAUCACAGAAAGAGAUUGAAUAAAUAUGAACCAUUCAUACUUGCUUCACAAGCAGAACAAAUGGUUUACAUCCCUUAUCCGAGCUUGAGACGAGACAAGGCUGAUUGGUAUACAGUGUGUAAAGUGAAGCCUAGGGCCACGGUCGUCAUGCCUCAAAUAAAUGUAACAGAGCCAAUACUUGACCAAGCAUUCCAAAAUGAGGCAGUACAAGUGUUACAAAUUGAUACAGAAGUUGCAGAUGAACAUAUUGGACCCUUAGAUGAUCCAAGUGGUGAACCACUAGAGCUUGCAUCUGUUAAAGAAGAGGAAUAA